GGUGUGAUAGGUGUACAGCUGGUGGUUACCAUGGUAAUGGCUAGUGUCAUACAGAAGAUCAUACCUCACUACUCUUUUGCUCGUUGGCUUCUCUGUAGUGGCAGUUUACAAUGGUAUCAGCAUCCUACUGAAGAAGAUCUAAGGCUUCUUGCAGGGAAACAAAGAGGCAAGAGCAAAAAAGAUAGAAAAUAUAAUGGUCAUGUUGAAAACAAGCCCCUAACCAUUCCAAAAGACAUUGAUCUUCAUCUGGAAACAAAGUCUGUGACUGAAAGGGACACUAUAGCAUUGCAUUAUUUUCCUGAAUAUCAGUGGCUGGUGGAUUUCACUGUUGCAGCUACAGUUGUGUAUGUGGUGACUGAAGCCUAUUGCAGUAUCAUGAAGCCCUCACAAGAAAUGAAUAUCAGUGUAGUGUGGUGUCUGCUUGUCUUGGCCUUUGCAGUUAAGAUACUGUUUUCAUUGACCACCCAUUAUUUCAUAGUAGAGGAUGGAGGUGAAAGAUCAGUCUGUGUCACCUUUGGCUGCUUCUUCUUUGUGAAAGCAAUGGCAAUCCUGAUUGUGACAGAAAGCUAUCUAGAGUUUGGACUCGAAUCAGGAUUCUCGAAUUUUUCAGAAAGUGCUAUGCAGUUUCUUGAAAAGCAGGGUUUGGAAUCCCAGGGUCCUGUGUCUAAACUACCCUUCAAAUUGUUCCUGGCUGUUCUGUGUUCACUUAUUGGUGCUUUUUUGACAUUCCCUGGCUUGCGACUGGCUCAAAUGCAUCUGGAUGCUCUGAAUUUAGCAACAGAAAAAAUAACACAAACAUUGCUACAUAUAAACUUCUUGGCUCCUUUACUUAUGGUUCUACUGUGGGUAAAACCAAUCACUAAGGACUACAUUAUGAACCCACCUUUGGGCAAAGAGAGCGUACCUUUAAUGUCAGAAGAUACAUUUGACACCAUGCGGUUGUGGAUUAUAAUCCUGUUGUGUGCUUUACGGUUGGCUAUGAUGCGCAGUCACUUACAGGCCUAUCUGAAUUUAGCCCAGAAAUGCAUGGAUCAGAUGAAAAAGGAAGCCGGCAGAAUAAGUACAAUUGAUUUACAAAAAAUGGUGGCUCGGGUAUUCUAUUAUCUUUGUGUAAUUGCACUGCAGUAUGUUGCACCAUUGGUAAUGGUCCUUCACGCAACUCUGCUUUUGAAAACACUAGGUAAUUAUUCUUGGGGCAUCUACCCAGAAUCUAAUUCUGACACUGCAGUAGAAAACAAUCCACUUCCCAGUUCAGUUUAUUCUGAGUCUCCAUCUGUUGAUGGAAAGAUGAAAGUAACUGUAAGACAAGAGCCCAAACUCCCAACUGGACUGCAGCCAUGGGGAAAUUGUCCCGGGGACUACUGGCAAGUAGAUUUUUCCAAGUUGCCUCAACAAGAAGGAUAUCGAUACUUAUUGAUUCUGGUUGAUACAUUUUCUGGAUGGCCGGAGGCCUUUCCCUGUUGCACUAACAAAGCUAGAGAAGUUGUUAAAGUAUUGCUGAAGGAAAUUAUACACAGAUUUGGGGUUCUCACUAGGAAUGUCAUCAGAUAG